UUCGUCUGUCUGAUUGUUAGGUUGAAUGAUGGUCUGAAGGUAAACGUGUCAAACAUUCAACUGUGCUGUGUGUUCGGCUCGUGCGUCCACUAAAAGAUUUCAAUCUAUCCGGAAUGAAACGCCCAGCAUUUUCCUUAUUUGCUAAAUUUGCUCUUCUAUUUGUGUAUUUGGUUGCCACCCCAACAUGGUGCUCUCACACCAUUUUGGAUUGCGGGGGAACUUCGAUUGCGUUCAGUGGACAAUCGACUAAUAGCGAUGAAAUAACACUUGUGCCCGGUGGAUCGAUCGAGUUGUCUGUGACGGCCAGAAGCUCGCAACCCACACCCGAGGGUGUGAUGCUCAUGAAACUUAUCAGGCGAGAAUCGGACAAUGCCAUAGUUCCUUGUCUAGACGGAAUUUCAGGCAGCUGCCAACUUGACCUGUGCUAUUAUAUGGUCAACUAUCCGGAUUUGAUUUCUCUUCCGGUCUCUACUUGCCCUGUUCCUGCAGCCAGUUACACUUUCAAUAUCAAAUUGUUGUUUAAUGAAAUAUGGCUGGGUGUUAACGGAGACAUGCAGAACGCAACUUACAACAUGCGGUAUGAAUUAAAAGUCGCCCAAGAAGUUGUUGGCUGCUUUACGUUUCCAUUUACCCUAUCAACCGUUUUAUGAGGGAAUUCGACGAGCUCUAAUGUCGCAUCGCGCGAAGCUCUUGUGAUUAAAAAUAAAUCCGUUUGUAAUGACAAAAAAUUAAUUAGUUUAUAGAUUUCGGGAUUAUAACGCUAUUGAGCCCUAUAUAGAGUCUAUUUCUGUACAUCCUUUGAUAAUAAAUCAUAUAUAAAAAGA